UUUCAGCGCCAGGGAUGAGUUCCGAAGAUUUCUUUGUGUGCAUUGAGUGGCGUUUUUUAAGCCUUGUUACCACAAAUCAGUGUAAUCUCGUGCGUUGAUUGAUCCAGCCCGCAUUCACUGCACUGCUUUUUGCUUCUACCUUGUCAGUUGUCAGUUGAAGAAUACGAUAAAAGCUCCAGCUCGUAUUGCAGUAGUGUUUCAAACUUCCAGUGUCAAUUGGUUUUUUUGCUGGGACUUGGGAGGAACCAUGGAAGGGUUGGAGGCCCUUAUCCCUGUUAUUAACAAGCUCCAAGAUGUUUUCAGCAAAGCCGGCAUUACCAACCUAGAGGCUAUUAACCUCCCGCAAAUCAUAGUGGUUGGAGCACAGAGCGCCGGAAAAAGCUCUGUAUUGGAAAGCUUGGUUGGUCGCGAUUUCCUGCCGCGCGGACAAGGAUUGGUUACCCGACUGCCCCUUGUAUUGCAGCUCAUCCACUGGGAUGACGACAGCAAAAGUCGCUACGGUGAACUAUUAAAGAAUAUCCCAGGCAGCAGCGGCAAGAAGGAAUUUGGUUUGUUUCUUCACGAUGAGAACAAAUUGUACACUAGCUUCGAUGACGUUCGGAAGGAAAUCAACGAUGAAACCGACCGGGUUAUGGGGAAAAACAAAGGCAUUGGAAGCAAACCCAUAAACUUGAGAAUAUUUUCGGAGUCGGUUGUUAAUCUGACACUGGUCGAUCUGCCUGGGCUGACAAAGAAUCCCGUUGGCGAUCAGCCUCGCGACAUAGAAGAUCAGAUCACUAAACUGAUUAUGACCUACAUCAAGAACCCCAAUUCUCUUAUUUUGGCGGUAACACCAGCCAAUGUGGACAUGGCCACGUCGGAAGCGCUGAAGCUGGCAAAAGCGGUCGAUCCGGAAGGAAAGCGCACACUUGCGGUAAUCACCAAACUGGAUUUGAUGGAUAAAGGAACCGAUGCACGGGACGUUCUGAGCGGCGGUGUUAUCCCGGUUAAACUGGGAAUCAUUGGUGUGGUCAAUCGUUCGCAGCAGGAUAUCAACACUAACAAAGCAAUUUUAAAUGCGCUCAAGGACGAAAAGACAUUCCUGAUGAAACAUUAUUCGGAACUUGCGCAUCAGCAUGGCACGAUUUUCCUGAGCCGAACUCUUAACAACUUGUUAAUGUCACACAUUCGGGAUCGUUUACCGGAUCUCAAGGAGCAAAUCAGCAAAUUGACUCUAGCACAUAAGAACAUAAUGGAGGAUUUGGGACAGCCUGUCACCGACAAGGAAGGCCAUCUUAUACGUUUGAUAACGGAAUUCGUUAAAGCGUACAGCUCCACAGUGGAUGGCACCAGUGUCGAAGUGGACGCCAACAAGUUGAAAGGCGGAGCCAUGAUCAGUGUCGAAAUAUUCCAGAAUAUUUUUCAAGAGCAUUUAUUUGCUGUUGAAGCCCUGGAUGGUUUGGAACUAAAGAAUAUAGUUUUGACGCUUCGUGGAGCAGCGGGAUUGUAUCCUCCGCUGACGGUGCCUGACAUGGCGUUUCGCACACUGGCCAAAGACCAGAUUGGCCACAUGCUGCAACCGUGCCUCGAAUGUGUUGACCUUGUUUACGAAGAAAUGCAGCGCAUUAUUCAGCGUUGCGGGAAAGAGAUCCAGCGAGAAUUCCAAAAAUAUCCCAAAUUUUGUGACAGCGUGCUUCGUGUUGUAAACGAGUUCAUCAAGCAGCAGGCCGAAUCAACCCGGGCAAUGGUCAAAUACCUGGUGGAUAUCGAAGUGUCUUAUAUCAAUACUAAACAUCCGGACUUCUGUGACGAAAUGGAAAGUUUACUGGAGGAACGCUCGGCAGCUCGAGCAGAGAAAAAUCACGACAAAUCCAGUACAGAUUCAAGCAACACCCAACGCAAUGGAGCCAAAAAGGCACCACUACCAGUGCAACCACCUGGUUACUUCAGUCCCCUGGUGCCUCCUUCUCGUGGGAAAAACGGCCGAAACAAGUCUAGUCGAUCAAUUUUCGGUUUGGGAGAUGGAACAGAGCGGGAAGCCAACUUUUUGACCGAGAUUGAAGAGUUUGAUCCCGGAAACAUUCCGCCGCGCGAAAUGGAAGAUGUCGAACUGAUGAAAACACUGGUGACAAAGUACUUCGCCAUUGUCCAGAAAACCAUAUUCGAUAUUGUGCCAAAAGCCAUUGUGCAUUCGCUUAUCGAAACCACGAAGGACGAGCUGAGCCGAAUUCUUCUGGCCAAGUUGUACGCACCCGGAAUUGCCGAUAAAUUUGAAGUUCUGAAUGAAGCAAAGCACAUCACGGAGCAGCGCAACAAUACCAUGGCAAUGUUGGAAGCACUGCAGCAAGCUAGCAAAAUUAUUAGCGAAGUUCGGGAUUUGUCAGCACACCGGAAUUUGAAAUAGUGUGUUUUUCCCGGUUACGUUGGAGUGUGAGGUUUGCAGCAUCGAGUACGGAUAACUGACACAGUAGAAUGGUUGAUAAUCCUUUGAGAAUACUUUACCGAAGUGAAUCAUUCUGAUUGAAUGGGAAAAUGUCAGAGUAUCGUAUGCUCGGUGCAUUUUAAUUAUGAUAAUCUGGAAUAAUAGUACAGUUUUCAUGCGUAUUCUAGUUUCUUUUUUUAGUGAAAAUAAAUUGUCUACAUGUAUGCCGUGUCUACACGAUCCCCGCUUGAAUGUCUUGUCUGUGGAUCUUUUGCCUUGGACGGCUACUCCAGAGCGUGGCGAUCAUAGUUUUGUUUUUAAUGUUUAUAUUGUGCUUGCAUAUUAGAGGUAUGAUUAUAAAUCAGAUGCGUGGUUUUGAUGGUUGGUGGCUUUUGCCGAAUGCCGAUUAAAUUUUGCGGUUUGAA